CACCACGCCAGAAGCAUAACCGCAGAAGAACACGGAAUCUAUAUCUCUCUCUUUCUUUCUCUCUCAUCUCUCAAAUACAAAAAUAAAAAGCUAGGCAAAUCCAGAGAGAGAGCCCCCAAAAAAGAAAACCAACGGUGCUGAUAAACCUCACUCUCUCAUCCCAGUCGUCUCCUCUCUCCUCUCUUCUCCAGCGUCCGAUCAAAUUCCCCCACAAAUCUGAGUCUCUCGCGCCAAAUAAAAGCCCUCUAAAUACAAACAGGGUUUCCAUGGCCGAAGCUCCGGGAAGUCCAGGCGGCGGGAGCCACGAGAGCGGCGGCGAAUUCAUCAGCUUCAUCACUAGCGAGGCGAGUGACAAGUGCCAGAGAGAGAAGAGGAAGACAAUUAAUGGCGAUGAUUUGCUCUGGGCAAUGGCUACUUUGGGCUUUGAAGAUUAUAUCGACCCCCUUAAGGUUUACCUCACUAGAUACAGAGAGAUGGAGGGUGACACCAAGGGUUCAGGGAAGGGUGGAGAUUCAUCUUCUAAGAAAGAUGCUCAGCCAAGUUCAAAUGCUCAGAUUUCUCGCCAAGGUUCUUUCUCCCAAGGAGGGAAUUACUCAAAUUCUCAAAGCCAACAUAUGAUGGUUCCUAUGCAAGGGACAGAGUAGAUCCAGUCGUCUUCAGUCGAUGCAAUAAUUUAGCUGCCUAUUUAAGGAGAUCAUAUUCGGUGCCCGGAACAUAUUAAAUUAUUUCUCUAGUCAAUGACAUAAUGUGUGAGUAUUAGAGCUCUGUGGCCAGCAGUAUUUUCCGGUGUGUAAGUUAGGAGUUUCUUCGAGUUGAAUGUCUCUCUCAUGAUAGUAUUGUAAACCUCAUGAGGAUCCUUCAUUCUUCUCAUCUGUAACAUGUGUUAAUCAAACUGGUUAGGAAAUUCAUGCCCUUCAAAUUUCUAUGUUAUAUUAUUAUUUUAGUCCUUUUGAUGCGGAAUUGGAACGACAGGUUAUAGAUUUAA